GUCGUGGAAGCGAUUAUGAGGCCGGUGAGGUUCCCCGCAAUCCUCCACAAUUUACUCGAUUGGAUCGAUAUUCAGAUGAUUUGGCUUUGUGUUGCCGCCUGCAAGAACUUAGAUCUUGAGGAAGGCAUUGGGUAAGUGCAGUCUCAGAUCAUGGUCUUGGGAAUUGCUCUUUUUUCAUGUUAAGAUCAUUUAAUUUGGGGGGUAAAAUUUGUGCGAGAAAUUAUGGGUUGCAGAGUAGAGAGCUAUCAUCCGUUGUCAUUUUGGGGUACCUAUGGUGUUGGGCUUGGUUGGAGUAAGAUGUAUUAAAAUACCAAUCAAAUUGAAUCACUGUGAGGUGAGGUGAGGAUUUUUCUCUAAAGGAAUUGGAGAUGAUCAAACAACAUGCUAAAGAAGUGUUGUCCUGCCUGGCUGAGAAUGUUGGUAUGAACUCUAAAUGAACUUAAAGGUGCGUUGACUUUGGCUCACUGCAAGAAAUAAAAUUUACAGUUAAGGGCCACCAAUUUUACCAUCUGGUAUUUGACUUAUGUGAAGUGAAGAUGCCACUUUUUGUGAUGUGGACUUUUUUCCUUGUCUAGAUUUCCAUUCAAGGGAUGAAAUUAUUCUCAUGGAACAGACAUUGGUUGGGUCGUAUGGGUUGGUUGAUUUAGUAAGGGCCAUCUUCGUUAUGUUUAGCAACUUCUUGAUCUAUUGGUCAGGUUCAUUAAGGGGUUGAUUUGCAGCAAAGUUUUGGGAUCUUCACAAUUUAUCAUGUACCUCAUCCUGGAAAUUAGGGCUUUUUUUCAACCUAAAUAUUUGGUAGUGUGAAUUGGUAUAGCAAUGGGCAGCCCAAUGGUCAAACAGUUGGAUUAACUGCAUUCCUCUCAUCCUUUCAACUCUUACAAAUUUUGUUGUGGUCAGUGACUAAAGUGAUCAUUGGUCAUUUCAACAGGAUGUGGCUAGCCCACUAGAUUCUGCGGAAAAUUGUUUUUGUGGUAUGCAUGGAAAUUCAUUGGCAUGUUUCUGAAAGCCGUCCUAUUGUGACUAUUCAAGUAAGAUCCGGAGUUGGUUUCUGAACUAACAGAAGAUUAGGAUGGGUGCCAUUGUUUAGUCUGGUUUUUUGGACGCUUCAAUUUAUGUGGGUUUUUUUUUACGGUUUAUUUCCUGUGAACUCUUCACCGUGGUCUUGCUGAUCCUCCCAGGUGUCAUUCAAUUGAAGGGUUCUGUAUAUUAGUAUGGGUUGAUUAUGCUGUGUGAUUACAUGAAUUCACUUGUACGUGUUGUUCAUUUAAGAUUGGGCUAUUGGUGGGAUGUCCUUCCUCCUUGCCAGAACAUUAGCGGCACUGAGUUUUUGUUACUUCAAGACUUGUGAUUUUGGGUUCAUUGCUGUGUUCAUGGAAAAUUGGAAAUAACUUAUUUAUAGGCCAUGGUGAUUUUAAAUAUGGAUGGAUGUGGGUUUUACAUGUAUUUUCACUGGACACAUUUACUUGAGGAAAGCAGGAAAUGUACCAAGUAGCCAUGGUUUUGCUAUCUUACAUGCUUCUGUUAAAAUUUAUUAUGGUAUGGGUGGUAAUGUAUCGAACCUACAAGGGCAAUUAUCAUCAGAACUUUGUCUCUUGUCUGCCUCUUUGCACUUUCUUUUGCUCUGUUCACAGAGAGGAGACACCAGCAAUGAUUGGCAAAUGGUUCGUGUCAAUUUUUUUGGUUGGUUGCAGUUCUAUCAGGGAAAAUCUUUGGAGAUAAUGUGGAUGUUGUACUUCGACUAAUUUUCUAUUCAAGUUGUUACUUUUUUAAUGUCCUAUAAAUCUACUACCUUCUUUAUUUCAGGAUAUAGAAUACAUGCAGGUUCAGCUUCUCCAACACGUCGUCGGGAUGAUCACCGUUAUAUUUCUGAUCUCGAUCAUUCUGGUGGUCUUACGCGGGGCCGUGACUUCGGUGGGGGAAGGGAUCUUGGUAGAUAUCGAGACUCUUCACCUCAUUACAAUCGAAGAAUAAGUAGUGGUAGGCCAUUUGGGAGAGGCGUUUAUGGCCCUGGACUUGCUCAUGGGUCAUUUAGAGGGGAUCGUAGUAAGAAUAAUCCAAAUGUGCGUCCUAGGGAUGGGGAUUGGUAUUGCUCAGAUCCUUUAUGUCGCAACCUAAACUUUGCAAGACGAGAACUUUGUAACAACUGCAACAGAUCCCGCCCUGGAGGAGCGGGUGGAAGCCCUCGAAGAAGCUAUCUUGGUCCACCAUCCCUGCAUUCUCCUCCUAGACGUUUUGCUGCCCACCCAAUGGAACGUUCUCCUGGCAGAACUCUGGCAGGAUAUAGGUCUCCUCCCCGUGCUUGGGCCAGGGAUGGUCCUAGAGAGAUUGCAGCUGGUGCUCUAGCACCUCCGAGGUAUGAAAGCAGGUAUCCCGAUCACCCCCUGCGAAGAGAUAGGGUGGACUAUCUAGAAGACUUGAGAGGAAGAUCCAAGUUUGAUAGGCCGAUUCCUGCUGAUUGGGCCCUUCGAGACCAUGGAAGGGAUGACUUCCUUACCGAGAGGAAGGGCUUUGAGAGAGGACCACCUUCUCCACCACUACCACUGCUCUCUCAACGUGGCCGUUGGGCGCGCGAUGUGCGGGAGAGAAGUCGUUCCCCAAUUAGAGGUCCGGUUAGAUCUCCAUUGAGAGUCUCGCUUCGAUCACCACUAAGUGGAGGCCUUCCGCCAAAAGACUUCCGUAGAGAUGUUUAUGUUGAAAGGGAGCGCGACGAUAGGCGUGGCCUAGGACGAGAUCGCGAUGGAGGUCCAUUCUAAUGUUUGAGACUUGAAAUUAACGUUUGGCUUCCCAUGUAAUUUCGGUUAGAACAGCAUCCUGUAAUCUGUUUAGAGCCAUGGAAGGGGGGAUGAUUUUUGGAGCUUGCAUGAUUUUUCUGACUGAUCCAGUAUGUCGAAAAUUGCCAAUGGGGUCCAUUCUCUGCCUCGUGUGUUUCUGUGCGUCAUUAUUUGAUGCUGUAGUUGGCAGCCAGCAGAAUUAGUGCUUGUAAAAACCAAUUUUUUUUCUUGUUUCUUUCCCAUGUCUGGUUUGUUGGCUUCUGGGCAAUGGUUUUGAAUCGUGGUUAUCUUUACAUCAAUUCAGCAGAUUUGUGAAGUGUCUUUUGAUGUCUGUUAAACUUGUACUGUGGCAUGGAUUUGCUUGGGCUUGGAGAGAGCCACUCCAGUCCUGUCUUAAUGGCUGCUUUAUUGUUCUUCA